AGCCGGAAGCCUGCCGGGGUUCCGGUUACGCCUCCUCGCGAGCUCGGGCACUCCCGAUCGUCCCCCCAGCGGGAAAAAAUGCGUGAUGGAUUAUCUGUCCAAGCCUGGGUUUUUCGGUGUAAUUGCUGGCGUCACCUGUGGAGUAUGCUUGGGCUGGAGCAUUCGGGCUCGGCUCUUCCGGCCAUCCAAACCCAGACUGACCAUGAUCGCCAAUGAACUGGGCAAUGAAGCCAGUAUAAUGGGCGAAUAUGGAGAAUUCAAGAUGGUGAUCGUGGUCCGGAACGACUUGAAGAUGGGCAAGGGCAAAGUAGCGGCCCAGUGUGCUCACGCAGCCGUUUCAGCCUAUAAACAAGUCCAUCACCGAAACCCAGAACUUCUGAAGCAGUGGGAAUAUUGUGGGCAGCCAAAGGUGGUUCUCAAGGCGCCCGAUGAGGAGACCCUCAUUCAGCUCUUAAGCGAGGCCAAAGUGCUGGGCUUGACGGUGAGCUUAAUCCAGGAUGCUGGCCGCACUCAGAUAGCUCCAGGCUCCCGGACUGUCUUGGGCAUCGGACCUGGACCAGCUGAGAUGGUGGAUAAAGUUUCGGGCCACCUAAAACUGUACUGAAUAUGGAGUACCCGGUGGUAAAGAUGGUAAAAUAGGCAAACGAAUGUAAACCACAAACAAGAGAACAAGCCCUCCUCCUCCCAGUUCCUUCUUCAAACAAUUAUCAAAUGCAGUCCCAGAUUAUUUUCUGUUGUUCGUUUUCAGUAACAGGCACACGCAGACGCCCCACAUAUCUUUGCAGGCUCCACUUUCCCACAACCAGUUAAACAGCUUUGUGUUUGCACAGCUGCAGAAGCAGUUUGCACUCUUUGACGACGUGGAUUUCGUUGAAAUGCAUGAACCCAGCCUUUGAAAUGUGGAGGAGAAAAUGUUCAGUAAGAUACGGAAGGCAUUGCUAUGAAAAUUUCCAAAUAAAUGAAUUACAUGGACAGGAA